AUAGCACAAGAACAUUACACGUGUAUUGAUGAGUUUGUAUUUAUCUGACCCAGAGUACCAGCUGGAAUCUCAGCCUCUACGUCCCUGUGAACUGGCAAGAGAAAGAGCAUUGGCUAAUGGAGAGAGCUACAUCCCUCAGUGCUCAAAUGAAGGAUUAUACAGGAGUAUACAGUGCAGUAGAAACGGGCAGACAUGCUGGUGUGUAAAUGCUAAUGGUGUCGAGUUAGCCGGCAGCAAACAGACGGACGCCCCACCAGUGUGCUUAUCUUUUUGCCAACUUGCAAAGCAGCAGAUAUUGGUGAGUGGGUAUAUUAACAACACUUCAACAUCCCACAUACCCCAGUGCAAGGAUUCGGGGGAGUUUGAGUCUGUUCAGUGCCGCCAGGAGACCGGACAAUGCUGGUGCGUGGAUUCAGAAGGAAUGGAGAUCUAUGGGACAAGGAAAACAGGAAAACCUUCUGGAUGUCCUCGGAGUUGUCAAAUAAGAGACCGGCGUAUUUUGCAUGGUUUUGGAGAGAAGAUUCCUCCUCAUUGCUCUGAAGAUGGCACAUUCCAGCCUGUACAGUGUAAGCUUGUCAAUGCAACUGAUAAGAUGGCGGUCGAUGUUGUCACGAGCUUCAGCAGGUUUCCAGAAGCGUUUAAGUCGUUUUCGUCUCUGAGAGAGUCUUUCCCAGAGAUCUCUGGAUACUGCUACUGUGCUGAUAGCCUUGGCAGGGAGUUGGCUGGCACAGGAUUGGAACUGCUGUUGAAUGAAGUGUAUGACACAGUCUUCGCUGGACUAUCGUCACCCCUCACUUUUACAGAAACCACUAUCUAUCGCAUUCUACAAAGACGGUUUUUGGGAGUGAGGUUGAUCACUUCAGGGAAAUUCCGAUGUCCAUCUAUUUGUGAGGUCCAAAGAUUUACUGCCUCUCAAAUGGGUGACACCUACGUUCCUUCUUGUGAUGAUAAUGGAGAUUUUAAACCUAUUCAGUGCCAAACAGGACAACAGUGCUGGUGUGUGGAUUCUAAAGGACGUGAAAUCUAUGGAACUAGAAGAUUUGGAGACUCUCCAAGCUGCAAUAUUGGAGAUUGUUCUUUGCAGAGAAGGCAAGCUUUGUCAAGUUUGUUUUAUGGACCUAUAGGAAAGUUUGGAAUGAAUAAUCUGUUUGUUACUCAAGAGGAAGACUUAGGAGAACAAAUUAAUACAAAAUAUUGCUCUUCCUUUAUGAUGGAAAUGUUUGUCAAAUCCGGCCUUCUGUUUCCAAUCAUGCAAAAAGCCAGUGGAAGCAGAUAUGGGCUGGACAACUUUGUUGGUGACAUGGUCAGCGGUCUUUUCCCAUCCAAAGAACUGAUGCAGUUUGCCUUAAACAUUGCCCGUAGUCCUAAGAAUUUUCAAGAAAACUUAUUUGGGGGAAUGUACUUGAAAAACCUUGGCUCUUUUAACUUCAGUGGGGCAGUUGGUACAAACAGCAAAUUCAACUUUAGUGGUUUCUUUCAGCAGAUUGGAUUAACGGGCAUGUAUAGCGGAGGAAAUUUUAGGGAACUUGCAAAAUUAUUCUCCCCAACAGAAGAUUCGUACCUUACCAAGGACAUAUUAAAUAUCUCAAAGCCCAUCAUUAACUUGAACCAAAGUAUUCAAGGGGAUUUCGGUCGUAUCGUUAACCUUCAAGAAAAUCGUGACCUUGUUGGUGUUUUUGCUUCAGUUCUGGAGUUAGAAGACUUUGCGCUAUUUUUGCAAGAUGUGAUUUCUGUUCCAUCCAAUGUUGCUCAAAAUACAGCAGAAGCUGUCAAAUUAAUUUUACUGUCAAACGACUGUGAGAAAAGGAGCUCAGAGAUAUAUAUACCAGUGUGCAAAGAGGAUGGAAGAUAUGAAGAUAUCCAGUGCAGUAAAACAGAGUGCUGGUGUGUGGAUGACCAGGGCAGUGAAAUUGAGAGAACAAAAACACAAGGAAAGCACCCAAGAUGUCCUACAAAAUGUGAAAAGGAGCAUCAUAGACAAAGAGCUGUGAGAAAAAGCCUGCCUCCUGGGUCAGAGUUUUUUAUUCCAGCAUGUGAUCUUGAUGGAAAUUUUAUGCCGGUUCAGUGUAUGGGGAAACUUUGUUUUUGUGUUGAUUUACAAGGGAGAAUCAUUCCAGGAACACAAAAAGUAUCCGGUGAAGAUAUACAAUGCCCGAGUUUGUGCCAGCUGACAGCAGGCGAUGCCUUUCUACAGAGCACAAUGUCCUUCUUGGCAGAACCGACACUCUUGCAGUUAUCCACUGUUUAUGUCCCGCAGUGCACGGAUGAUGGGAAGUUGAAACCAGUGCAGUGUGACGGACCUGCUGAGCACGUUUUUGAGCUCUAUGAAUUGUGGACAAAGCAAAGCAAAAACAAUUCUUUCUUGGAGGCUUUUAAUAUUAUACAAAAGUAUAAAAGGACUUCCUCUCAGAACUUUUCUACCUUUGUUAAGGAGCUGUACAAUAAUGGACACCAAAACGUUUUCCCGAUUUUCUUAAACUAUAAUACCUUUAAUGAUAUUCCAGCUGAGCUUUUGAGUGGAAACCUAAGCUCACUGUCUAAUAAUAUUUUACUCAAUCCUUUAAUGUUUUGGAGACUGUUAAAUGGCAGCCUUACUUUCUACCCAGGACCAUACAGUGCCUUCUCUCAACCUUUGAACCAUUUUGAGCUUCGGAACUGUUGGUGUGUUGACCUUAAGGGACAAAAACUCGAGCAGACAGUGUCCAAGAAUGAGGUUCCAAAAUGCCCUACAUCUUGCGAGCUUGCAAAACUGAGAGCCAUGCAGUUCAUCAACGAGGCAGCAGAUCUAACUGCAAUAUCAAACACGUCUCAUUUUCCCUGGGGACAGAGCUUUUUAAUUGCAAGUGGGAUACAGCUAGCAGAAAGAGAACUUCUCCACCGAGAUGGCUUCUUUACAUCAGGGGUGCCAUUGUCUGAGAGGUUCAGGGACCGAGACAACUACUCACUUCGUCUUGCUGCACAAUCAACACUGCAAUUUCAUAGGCAACAAAGAAAUGGUUUGGCACGUUCUACUGAAGAAGUCUCACAAGUGGCAUAUCACCCUUAUGUACCCCAAUGUGAUGGGUUAGGAAAUUGGGAGCCUGUGCAGUUUUAUGAGAGCACAGGCCACCACUGGUGUGUAGAUGAGGAUGGAAAUUACAUAGCUGGUUCAUUAAAGAGAAGAACAUCUCGCCCGCCACACUGUCAGACAAAAUGCCAGCAAGACCAAACGAACAUGCUGGUCUCCAGUUGGCUCCCUCGAACAUGGAGUCCUCAAAGUGGACCUGUGGAUAUGGUUGUUCCUGGUUGUACAGAGAAUGGACAAUUUUCUGCCUUGCAGACAUCAGAGAGUAGGUUUUGGUGUGUAAUACCCAACAGUGGCCAAGUCAUCCAGCGUGGCACAACAGAUGUACAUAGUAGUAAUGAGUGCCCAGGUUACUGCGGUGUGCUGAAAUCUGAAUUGCAAGUGCGUAAUGUCAGCUUUGCUUUUGUACCGGAAUGUGGGAAAAACGGGGAUUUUUCAUCCACGCAGUGUGACCAGGAUGGGACUAUGUGCUUCUGUAUCUUUCCGGAUGGUGAAGAAGGCUCUGGAACGCGACUGAAUGUAUCAGAAAUGGGAAAUCCUCCUGCCUGUAAAAGUCCAAUAUGCCCGUUAGCCUUUGGUGCCCAGAAUUUGAGGCAUGGAGCCGUCUUCUGUGAAAACAUAUUGGAAGCUGGAGCAACUUUUCAGAAAUGUCAGCUGGUUUGUCGCAAAGGUUAUCGGAACGUGUUACCCCAGAAUAUAUUUAUGUGCAAUACAAAUACUCAGCUUUGGGGUGUCCAUGUGCCUCAUCCUGGAUCUUGCCAAAAAAUUCAAUCUUUUCAAAGCAUCCAGACACAAGCACAGUUUCAGCUCCUGCUUCCCAUUGGUAAAAAGUGCAUGGCCGAAUACUCGGGAUUACUGCAGGCUUUUAGGACUUUUAUCCUAGAUGAUUUAAGAGCCAGAGGACUGUGCCAGAUUCAGGUGAACUAUUUCGGAAGCAGAGGUGCUGGAACUGUUCCAGUCUGUGACGAGUCCACGGUCUUUGUAGAAUGUUUGUCAGUUGAUCGGCUAAGGGUGAAUAUUACUUGGACAGCACAGUUAGAAGAUUUUCCCGAAUCCUUCAUGCCCAGUUUACAUGAUAUCAAAGAUGCUCUUAUUGGUGAAAGUCUGGCUGGACGCUUUGCCACUGUUAUCAAAAGUGGAAACUAUUCUCUGAACUUGGACUCCAAAGAGUUUGUGGCCGACACGUCUGUGUUUUUCCCGUACAAGGAGGAGCUUGGUUCCUUCCCACAAGCCAGUUUGGGCUGUAGCCCAGGAUUUCUGAAAUUAUUAAACUCCAAGACUAGUACCGACCAGCUUAAUGGAUGUGUUAUUUGCCCAGCAGGGAGUUUUGCUCAGAAUGAAGUCUGUAAACCUUGUCCUAUGGGUUUUUAUCAAGUCGAGCCUGGGAGUACCUCUUGCACAAAAUGCCCCCUGGGAACAUCCACAAUGAAUGCCGGAGCCUACAACAGAAGCCAUUGUGUGACCAGCUGUCAGAUGAACAGCCCGGGGCUGCUUUGUGACAUGAAAGGCCAAUACCUCCCGUCUCAGAAGGACGUGGCUACUGACAAAUAUUUUUGUGUUGAUGUUUUUGGAAAGAGACUGAUCUGGACUGAAGCAGAUAUGGAGCUCAGUGACGCUCAGUGUCUACUGCUUAGAAAGUUCGAGCUGGUUCCAGAAGACAAACUCUUGUUAACGGGUGAAGAUUCUAAAUUGACUCAGCCGAAGCAAGCAAGUGGACCGAUAAAGUCAUUGUUGGAUUGUAUUACAGAUUGUGGCACGGAAGAAUCAUGUGACUAUAUUUCAGUAUCUACAAAUGGAAGCAGCUUGAUUUGUGAGCAAUAUGACACGAACGAAUCAAACAUCGUCUGCACCGAUGACCAACAAAAAGAGAGUGUUCUAGGAAACAUGGAUUCAGUGAAAGUCGCAAACCUCAAGUGCCAAAUGAAGAUCAAACAAAGAAAUAUUGGCGGUCAAGCAGUAUAUCAGAAAAAAGGAUAUGCAUUUUCAAGAAGUGGCCAGGCUCUAUUUGAAAGAACUGACUUUGGCAACACACUUGCUGGUGCCUUUAAGACGUUGGUUUUCUCUGCUGAAGGAUCGACUCUCAAUGAGGUCCAUUUGUUUUGUCAGCAAGUUUGCCGGAAGGAUCCCUGCUGCCACGGUUUUAUUCUCAGCCAGGUCAUAUUAAAUAAAGGUACAAUACUCUGUGGCUUGCUCAGCUCACCUGAUGUUUUGCUGUGUAAUGAGAACGACUGGAGUGAAACAUCUCUUUUGGGCAGUGAUGGAGUUUGUAAAGGGGUGAAAUCCAACAAAGAGAAGAAAAUGUUUUCAUUCUUCUUGGGAGGGCAGGAGUUCACUGGAAGCUAUUCCAUGUUGUCGGAAAGCAUUGGCAAAGUGGAAUAUACCACAGAAUUAACCGCUGAGGUCAAAGAAGAAAUCCAGCAAGUCUUUGUUACAUUCCAGAGAGUUUUCCUAAAAAGAGGUGGUUCAGGGAAUGCCCUUUCUGUUGUGACUGACUGUAGUGCUGGAUCCAAGCAGCAACAGAAUUCAAGCAUUUCAGGUUCUGCGUUGGACCUUUUCCUUCCAGUGGAGAGCAACACAGUUGCAACUGACCCGCGCCUGAUUAUAUCAAGUCAACAUUAUGGGAUAUCCAGAGUUGGCUUCUCCUCUGAUCAAGCUCUGCUGUGGUGUCUCACACGUUGUGAAGAAGAAGAGUUGUGGUGCCGAUUGACAGAUUUACAAGAGACUACAGAAGACUUCUUCACAUGUACCCUAUACUCAGACGCAUGGAAAUGUAACAACUCUCCCAGCCUCAUCCCGGAUCGUUGCGAGAUCUCAUUGCACAACAAACCACAACUUUUGUACCGUAAAAAAGAUAUGUUGGGUAAUACAGUGAGGAACUUUUAUACACGUCUGCCCUUCCGACAAAUAACUGGCGUUUCUGUGAGAAGGAAGAUUGAUAUGACGGGAAGAACCAUUUCUAAUGGAUUUUUCGAGUGUGAGCUCCACUGUGAUGCUGACCCAUGCUGUAAAGGCUUUGGAUACCUGCAAAGAUCUCAAGAGCCAGGCAUAGAGACGCUGUGUUUACUGCUGAGCAGUAUGGGAAUACAAUCCUGCAGUGACAAGCCUGGAAAUCAAUGGCAAGUUCUAAACUGCAGUUCUUCCAUUGAAGGUCUGGGAACACAUCCUUUUGGGUGGUUCAAGAAGCCAGACAAUGCUCUGUCCCGUCCAUCGUCAUUCUGCCCCCCUGAGAAUGUCCUGGAGAAAACACAGGAAGAUUUUGCUGAUUGGCUGGUCUUAGAGAAAUCCUCUGUGGUUAUUGAUCCAUCGCUCUCUGCCUAUGAUAUAGUUCAAAUUGGCAUAGAAUCCUCUGAUGAUCUCCAGGCUGCUCAGAAUUAUUGCUUGGCAGUAUGUUCCAGGGUUCCAUCCUGCGUCACUACUACAGUUGCACUUCAGAAAACAGCAGUGAGAUGCCUAUUCUAUCCGGAUACCCAGAGCUGCUUCUAUGGUCUGAAGGGCCACCAGUGCCAGCUUCUUGUCAAGGAACCAGCAGCUUUUAUUUUCCGAAGAAAAGUUCGUCCUCAUCCAUUGGCAUCAGUGGCUGUUUCACAUGGAACUCUCCUGGGUAAAUCUGAAGCCAUUGUGAUUGGCUCAAACGUAAAGAAUGUCGUUCAGUUCCUUGGCAUUCCCUAUGCGUCUCCUCCAGUCGGACUCAAGCGGUUUAGCCCUCCCCAGCCUAUUAACUGGACCGGUGAAUGGAACGCCACAUAUUCAAGGGCGAGCUGCUUACAGCCCGGGGAUGGAAAAGCUCAGUACUCUUCUGUCAGUGAAGACUGCUUGUAUCUUAAUGUGUUUGUCCCACAACAUGCCGGCACAAAUGCAGCUGUUGUUCUAUAUUUCCAUAAUAGCCCAAGUGAUUAUAGUGAAAAGGGGCAGACGUUUAUUGAUGGCUCCUAUCUGGCAGCUAUCGGCAAUAUUGUGGUUGUAACUGCAAGUUACAGGGUCGGUGUAUUUGGAUUUUUAAGCAAGACUGGUGAAGCCGCACCAAGUGGGAACUGGGGUCUGCUGGACCAAGUCGCUGCUUUGAAAUGGGUCCAGGAGAACGUUGCCUAUUUUGGAGGAGACCCCAGUUUGAUAUCCAUAGCUGCAGACAGGGCUGGGGCUGACAUUUCCAGCAUCCAUAUGAUAGUACCUGAGAGAAAGCUCUUCCGAAGAGCACUGCUAAUGGGUGGGUCUGCAUUUUCUCCAAUGAUGGUUAUCAGCGAGAAGAGAGCAAAGGAACAAGUAAGAUUCUUGGCUGCAGAAGUUGGUUGUUCUUCUCCAAACAAUAAUGAUGUUCUAACCUGCCUUCAAGGGACAGAUGCAGGAGCCUUAAAUGCUGCUCAGACAAAGCUGCUUGCUCAAAGGGGACCAUUUCAAACAUGGGGCCCCAUUGUGGAUAACCUCUAUGUCAAAGAGACACCAUCUCGGAUGUUGCAGCACAAGAAGGUUCAAAAAAUAGAUCUUCUGACUGGAAGUUCUGAGCAAGAUGGCUUGAUCAGUCGUGCUAAAGCUAUCAAAAGAUUUGAAGAAACCCAAGGGCGAGUUGACAAAACUGCAUUUUAUCAAGCCCUUCAGAAUUCCUUAGGAGGAGACGAGGCAAAUUCCCAAAUACAAGAUGCAGCUGUAUGGUUUUAUUCUUUAGAACAUUCCUCAGAUGACUAUACUGGGUUUUCCAAAGCCCUGGAAAAAGCCACACGGGACCAUUUUAUUGCCUGUCCUGUGGUCAAAAUGGCGAGACACUGGGCUGAAAAUUCAAAGGGAAACAUAUAUAUGUAUUAUGUUCCUGAUUCCUUAUCUCAGAGCAGUUCUGGCCUGGAUCUCCCUGAAGAUGUUGUCUAUGCUUUUGGUCUUCCAUUUCAUACCAACUAUAAAAGCCAGUUCUCGUCUGAGGAACAGAUUCUCUCUUUAAAGAUUAUGCAAUAUGUUUCCAACUUUGUAAAAACUGGAAAUCCCAACUUUCCAUACAAAUUUUCAAGAAGAAUUUCUAAGGAGUUGCCUGCCUGGCCUAUGUAUUUAGCACACAGCAACGGCACCAAUUACAAGGAAUUCAGUUUAUCUCUGACUAAUAACCAAGGAUUGAAGAAUUCUGAAUGCUCCUUCUGGAAUGACUACAUCCAAAGGCUGAAAGAGUCUACAAGAUUACAAAGUCCAUUUUUACAAACAGAGAAGACUCCUGAAAGCAAAUUGAUGGCCAGUCCAGCACCGACAUCUCCAAAGCAAGAGAAAGAGGGGUACAAUAGAAGAAAAUAAAGAGUUCCCCUGGGGUUUCUUUAUAUAAAAAUAAUCAUAAAAUAAUAGCGCUGUUUUUACAGCUGUGAUUUUCAUAUUCCCUGGUGAAUGUUUUGUCUUCAAUAAACUAUUUUAAAAAAGUA